CAUCACAUAAUAAACUAAGAACUUUACCAAAUAUUAAUAAAAAAAAUAAGACAUUUAUGUUCACAAUUCAUUUCUACUGACAAUAAGCGAUAAAACUUGCAUUCUGUUGCACUCAUUGUAUGUAAGUUUAGAGUUAUAUUAUAUUAUGUUAUUAUUUUGUUUUAUCUUUAAAAAAAAUUUUGUUUUAGUUAAAUUAUACAAUGUUACUACAGCAUGCAAAGUACAUCACUUUAAAACUUCAUUCAAUAUCAUUCCAUAUUACUGGCACAAAAAAGAUGUUGCAUCGUACCAUGGUCAUUCCACCCUUUUUACGUGUUAUCCAAGAAAAGUAUCAAGACAAACUUGCAAUAAGAGAUUCUUAUGGCGUACAUACAUAUGAGGACAUUUUAACAUACAGCAAGCUUAUAUCUCAAAAUAUACUGACGUUGGCUGAUAAAAAUAGGCAAUUGAAUCACAAAACUGGAUUGCUAUCUGGCGAAAGAAUUGCGUUUCUAUGUUCCAAUGAUGUAAUGUACACAUCAAUUCAGUGGGCAAUAUGGAUGAGUGGUGGUAUGGCUGUACCAUUAGCAAAAUCACACCCUCAAAGUGAACUUGACUAUGUUAUUAAUGACUCUCAAGCUUCUUUAAUCUUAUCAAACACACAGAGCAAUGAAAGAAUAUUGCCUCUGGCUAAAAAAUACAAUCUGCACACUAUAAACAUCGAUGGUGGAUUGUUUAAGGACAUCACAGAGAAACAUUUAUUGCAAAACUAUGUUCGCAUAACAGGUUUGGAUUCAGAUAUUAACAUCCGAAAAGAUGAAGCAGAGACUUUUCAGGAUAAGUGGAGUGCUGUGGAUUGGGAAAAGAGAAACGCCAUGUUGAUUUACACAAGUGGUACUACUGGUAGGCCAAAAGGCGUUGUUGUGACCUUUUCUUCCCUUCAAGCGCAAAUCAAAACUAUUGUUGACACAUGGGGUAUGACUUCCUCUGAUGUUACCUUACAUGUUCUUCCUCUGCAUCAUGUGCAUGGUGUUGUCAAUGCACUUGCUUGUCCACUUUGGUCAGGUGGAUCUUGUCUAAUGUUGUCGGAAUUUGCUGUUGAAAAGGUGUGGAACCACCUUUUGCAAGAUGAUAAUGUAAAUGUUUUCCAUGCAGUUCCAACCAUCUAUGUAAAGUUGAUUGAACACUACAAAAAGAAUUUCACGUCUGCUGCGCAAAGAAAUCAUAUUCGGAAAAGAUUGCAGGAGAAAAUGAGGGUAAUGAUAAGUGGUUCAGCAGCUUUACCACAGCCAAUACUUAAUAAGUGGAAGGAAAUAACAGGACAUGUUCUUUUGGAAAGAUAUGGUAUGACAGAGAUUGGCAUGGCCCUUACAAAUCCACUAGAAGGGAAAAGGACGCCAGGAGCUGUAGGGAAACCUUUUCCCACUGUCGAGGUCAAACUUAUGUCUGCAGAUAAUAAAAUGGUUGUUCAAGGUGAUAGCAAACAAAUUAGCGUAAAUUCAUCUAUCGAAGAAAAAAUUGGUCAGUUAUUUGUGAAGGGUCCGUCUGUGUUUAAAGAAUAUUGGAACAAACCUGAAGCAACACAGGAAGUGUUUAAUGAAGAUGGUUGGUUUAUGACAGGUGACACAGUAAUGUACGAUGAAGAAAAUUGUAUUUUUCGUAUUUUGGGUCGAACAUCUGUUGACAUUGUUAAUAGCGGUGGUUACAAAAUAAGUACAUUAGACAUAGAACGACAUUUUCUUAGUCACGAUAAAAUCAAAGAAGUGGCUGUCGUUGGAUUGCCAGACGAGACCUGGGGCCAAUUAAUUACAGCGAUAGUUGUUCUAAAUGAGGAUUGCUUUUUCUCGUUAGAAGAAAUGCACGACUGGGCAAAAGAUAAAAUGGCGUCAUACCACAUUCCUAAAAAGCUAAAGAUUGUUGACAGUAUCCCUCGUAAUGCAAUGGGGAAGGUAAACAAAAAAGAAUUAAUUCAGGAAAUGUUUUCAGCUUAAAAAGUUUGUAAAGGUUAUGUUGCGCACAUUCUAAAGUCUGCCACAAGAUUUUAUUUAUCAAAGUUUUAAAAUUUAGAAAUCCUGUCUUAGCAAAGAACAUUAUUUAUUUUGUAGAUUUUUAUCAAGGGCUUAUUUUUUAUUUUAAUAAAUGUGGUAGAAUUAUAAAUCACUUUACGUAUUUUAACUUUCCAGUUUUAUUCAAAAAAUAGAUUUUCCAAUGCAAAAAAUCUUUAAUGCAUUUUUUAAAAAAAAUGUAGCAUACCAUUGAAAUACUUUUUAGUAAAAAAUUUCAUAUAGUUAUGUUUCAUUCUUAAUAUUUACAAUUAAAAUUACCUGCUUACUUGACAAAUUUUAAAGCAGGAAUUUUCCAAACCAUUUAUUAUCUGGUGUCAUCCACAUAGUAUGCAUGCAUUAGGUUCUUCAAAAUUUAAAUUCCUUUUCCCUUGCACACAAACGUAAGCUUUUGCUAAGACAUACACUUGACAUUUUGUUUAUUAGAUUUUUUUUUAGAUUCGUCACAAUUACUAAAUCUAUUUUUAUUUUUACUACUGAAGUCAAAUUUCCAAUAUAAAAAGAAUGUUUGAAAUAUUUGUGAAUGAAAAAAUGUGCCAAACUUCUACUAAUAUAUUUUAUUGUUUCAAAAAAUUUUAUCAAGAAAAUAAAGUAGUUUUGAGAUUUUGUGAUGCAAAAAGGGUAUGCAUGUACUUUGUCUUGACAAUCCUCCUUCCAUCUUUGGCUUGACCCUUUCUCUCCUUCUUUGUGAAGAUGCAAUGUAAAUGCCCCUCUUUUCAUUUAUUGUUAAAAUAUUUGUUGUUGUUUUUUUUAAGCUGUUCGCUCUAAACUGACCUGCAUUAAUCUUUUAUCUCUUUUUUGUCUGUAUUACAAUUUGUUUUUACUAAACUUUUGUAUGAUAAUUUUGUUGUUAGUUGAAAUGUGUCGCUGGGGAUAGUUCAAAACUGCCUUUUUGAUAUACACUGAGAAGUCAGAGGUUUUCGAAGGGUGAGGUGGGUGGAGGUGUGUUAAUUAUUAGUUAAUAAACUUUAAGCCUUGUUAAGGCAUGUUUGCAUUUAGGUGUUAUUGUUAGUAUUCUUUUGUAUGAUAAUUUUGUUUGGUUAAAAAAAUGUCUUUUUAGCAGGAGAAAAAUACUGUUACAUUUUAUCCAAAUCCAGCAAUUAUUAUGAAAAGCCAACUUUUUGGUAUAUCGGGCAAUCAAAAUUAACAUGUGUCUUACAAAAGCUAUUUUAUUCCGUAACAAUAUUAUGACACUUUCGCUUAGUUGGUUGAUAAUACACUUUGUAAUUUUAAAUAUUAAGCAUAUGAAAUCUU